AUGGAGGAGCCGUUUUGUUUCGGGAAGCAGAAGCGACAAAUCACCGCGGUCUUGGUGGACGAGGCGCAGGAUUUACUGCUCUCCCAACUUCUCCUGUUCCGCAUCGUUUGCAAGGAGCGGGAGCGCUACACCUUGGCCGCCGACACGGCGCAGUGCAUCGCCCCCGGGAGGGUCUUCCGCUUCGCCGCCUUGAAGAAUUGUUGGUACGAGAACUUCGACUCGGAUAACAUGUUCGCGGUGAAAAACGUACUACAAUGAAAAAUGCCCCCUCCCCAUAUCAAACUGGAAAUCUGUGAUGCAGAUUUGUGGUCACAAAUCAGCUUUGUGAUGCUAGAAGGCAAAAGAUGCGGACUGUAGUGCUGUCUAGCGUGGGAAAGCCUUGCAGAUAAAGGAUGACAGAAGGCAACUGGAAGAGGAAAACAGCAUAACAGAUUACCUGCAAUUUAGAACGCAGCUUCGUCUCUUGGCCUUCUAGCAAUACACGUUGAUUUGUGUACUCAAAUACAGCAUCACAAAUUCGCGCAUCUUCCGUUUCCGAUAUGGGGUGGGGGCUUUUUUCACUUUGAUAAAACGAGUCCAUCCCCGACGUGAUUCCGUUAACGAAAAACUACCGCACGCACCAGUGCAUCCUGACCAUCGGUGCGCAGAUCGUGGACCAUUUACGGGAGCUGUGGCCCGAGCGGAUCGACAAGUUGCCCCGGGAGAUUUCUGACGAGCGCGGCGACCGCCCGUUGUUCUGUGCGGGCUGUCCGGCGGCGGAAUUUUUGAGCAGAUUUCUGCAGGAGACCCGGCAGCGUUCCAUGGUGUCCAGUUUCGCGGUGAUCGUGAAAAACGAAGCGGAGCGGCAGGCGUUUCUGAAAGUGGGCGAAAGUUUGUUUGAGACACAGGCGGAGGGCGGGAAGAUGAAAAAAGCAUACUUGAAUAGCAGCAGCAAUGACCUCCACGGGACGAACAAUGGCAUGAAAAAUAACGGAACAUCAAGUACUGGAGCUGCUGCAGCCACUGCCUCGCCGAAGACUCUUUCCAAAAACCACACGACUGCGUCAGACACCUCCUCGGAUAAUUGGAUCCUGUCCGAGUUUCAGGAGCGCGUCCGCGUGCUCACCGUUUUGGAGGCGAAAGGGCUGGAGUUCCAUUCCGUCCUGAUCUGGAACUACCUCUCCCACUCGCUCGCCUCCGAGCACUGCUGGGCGAAGAUCGAGGGCGAAGGGCUGGGCGCGAUGUCGCCGCUGGUACCGCACAAGCGGUCGCACUUCGGGUCGUUUGAACACAAUCUACGGGACGCGAUGGCACUGUUUCAGAAGGAAUUGCAGGAGUUGUACGUGUGCGUGACCCGGCCAAAAUCGCAGCUGUUCUUCUUUGAGGAGCAAAUCACGCAGGCGGUGGUUUUGUUCCGGUCCUGUUUCGGGCCGGAAGAUUUGCGCGAGUGCAUCGACGUGGACCAUUUCGGGGCGUUGCUCUCCGGGACGGACGAGGUGGCGUUCUGCAAGACCGGGCAGGACCUGCUGGAGCGAGGCGAGUUCGAGCAGGCAGAAGCGAAUUUCCGGCGGGGGAACGACGUGUACCACGUGCUACUGGUGCGCCUGGAAAAGCUGAACGCGUUGGGCGGCAACAAGAAGGAGGUCGCGGACAGUAUUGUCGGCGAUGACGGCCGCGGGUUGUGCUGGAACUUGCCGCACUACGGGGAGCGGCUGCGGAUCGUUCUCAAGGUCGCGGAACUGUACGAGGAGCUGUGCGCGUGGGAACAGGCGAAGCGGCUGUACGGCAGGGCGCUGCGGAAAAAAACCAGUUCGUUCACGAUGUUAACGGACGAGGAAAAGGACUUGGAAGACGAAAUCGAAAACCGGAACAACAACAUGUGGGCGCGUGCGGAGGCGCAGGAGUCGCGGUCGAUGGACUUCUUCAGCAAAGUCAACAAUUCCACCACGACCAUGGUGGUCAAGACGAACUCCCCGCUGACGCCGGAACAGGGAACAGGUGAUAGUGGUCUUCUUGUUCCUGCUUCGGGUGAGAUGUUGAACAACAAUCUUCAAAACGUCGGAGACCAAGUUCUCACACCAGCGAAAGAAGGUUCUUUGCCGACGAGCAGUAAUGUUAAACCUGGGCUCGCGCUCUACAGACCGCGGCCGACCAUGGAAACGCUUUUCCUCCGGGUCCGCGACCACGCGAAGCAGAUUCUGCAGGCGAAGCAGGAUGCGGAGCGGCUCUGCUACUUGCUGUUGCGUCAGGCUUCUGCGUGCGUCGAGGACGUGGAGAAGCGGCCGAUGUACCAGAAGCAAGCCUCCGAUAACUACCUGAAGCUUUCUGUCGAGGCGGAAAAGUGGUUCUGGGCGGUGUCCCACUGGUGCAGCGACAAGCACUUUUUCGAGCAGCAAAUUUUCAACAACAACGAGUCGAUGGAAGACUGCGCUGUGGUGUUAAAGGAACGAGCGGAUUUGCGGGCUAUGGUCGAGGACUACGCCGGUGGGGCGUAUUUCGGGUCAGGCGCGGCGAUACUUAGUACAACUGGUGGACAAAAUCAAGGUGCACAGCACUGCUCUCCAAACGCCAACUCGCCGGACUUGCUGCAAUCCACCAUCUGCACCGUGACUGGGGGGAUGAACAAAAUCAUGAAGAAAAAUGUUUCCGGUGGUGGUGCAGGGGCCGCAACCUCUGGUUCUGUCAAAAAUGGCGCAAAAACUUCUAUUUCUACUCCGUCGAAGUACAACCAGCAAAGUGUUUAUUCCAGUUUCAGCAAUUCCCAGCUGUUUCUGGAGUGCGAACUGCAAUUUUCUGAAACCAACCAAACCGCCACGAUCACGUCUCUGCCCUUGGUGGAGCACUUUAGCAACCGCUGCUCGGAUUACCGGGACGGCUUUCUCGAUCGCGAGAUUCUAGAUGUGGAGCAGCGAUUGAGGGCCAAAGCCGCCUGGUAUUUCUUCAAGCAGGCGCGAAACAGGAAGGAUUUCGCCAGUCUGGACCAGAUUGAUAUCAAAUGCAAAAAUGUCUGGGUCUGGAAAUUUGUGAUGCUAAAGCUUGGAUAAGACUGGCGCUCUCAAGUGCAGCCAAGCAUGACAAGUAUACUUGACGCCGUCUGAUGCGUAGCACGCAUGACAAACUGCGUUUUUGUAGGACGAAAAAGUAGGGCCUUUCUUGCUAGCUGUGCAAUACAGAUUUUCCAGGAAUGCAAGACAUGCAACACAAGUUCCACUUUUCCAGACCCAGGCAUUUUUGCAAUGCAUAAUUGAAACGGGGUUACUUCUGGAGAAGAAAGUCCCCUUCUUUCGCCAGUACCUGCAGCUCCUGGAGCAGCUCUUCCAUCGGCGGGAGGAAGCCC